GUGAGCCCCACGUGCCUCCAGGCAGCGGCCGAUGCGCAAUGGCGGCGACGGUCGAGCAGAUGAGAGAGCUGGCGGACAGGCUGCUGGCGCUUGAGAGAGACAAUGCCCAGAUGGUCGAGGAGCUCCGACGCGUGAGGCAAGAGGGUCCUCACCAGCAGAUCGUGGAAGCGUUCAGAGAAGCGCUAGAGGAGACUCGAGGUCGGAGGUCAGGCGGCAAUCUCAUCGACACGAAGGGACUCAACAAGCCGUCGGUGUUCUCGGAUGACGAGUCAUCAUUUAUCACGUGGUCGAGGAAGCUGGAGAAUUUUGUGGCCAAUGUCUAUCGUGAGGCAAGAGAGCUGCUAGCCACUGCCGCGGAGCAGGUGGAGUCGGUCACGUACCAAGUACUUCAAGGGGAUGAUCUUCAGAACCCGAGGAUCGGCCAGGAGAUGUUAGAGGAGAUCGAUGACCAGUUGUAUGUAGUGCUCUCGUCGCUGACGGACGGCGAGGCGUUCAAUAUCACGGUAUCAGCAGGGAGUGGCAACGGCUUUGAGGCGUGGAGGCGCUUGAACAGGCGCUUCGACCCCAUCACGGCAGGCAGGUCGCGGAGCAUCCUCCGCAGUAUCAUGGACCCAGGCAGGGCUAAGCUUCAGGACCUCCAGGCUGCCAUCGAGAGGCUGGAGGAGUUGAUGAGACGUUACGAGAGCCGGAGGGACACCGCAGGACAGCGCCGCACGCUCGCAGAGGACAUCAAGAUGGCGGCGCUGGAGGCCAUGCUCCCAGACGAACUAGAACGGCAUGUGCAGAUGAACAAGAAUCGCAUCACGUCCUAUGCCCUGAUGCGUGAGGAGGUGACCACCUAUGCAGAGAGCCGCGCCGGUGUCACGACUAAGGCAGCGGCCAAGCCCCCGUCCAAGCCUGUCGCCACGGACCCGGAUGCCAUGGACACCAGCGCCCUCUGGCGCGACACUGGCAAAGGCAAGAAGGUUGAAUGGAAGGGCAAGGGCAAAGGCGACAGCAAGGGCAAGGGCAAGGACGGGAAAGGUAAAGGCAAAGAGUCCAGCUCCAAGGGUGGCAGGCAGUCCGGCAAGAAGGGAUCCAUGAACGACGCCUACGGCUCCGCCAAGCAGAUGUGCUGGAACUGCGACAAGCCUGGCCACGUCGCAAAGGACUGCUGGGCGCCACCUCGUGGACAAGGCAAAGCAGGAGGAAAGCAAGGAGGCAAGACGAGUAAGGAUUCGAAGAAUAGCUCGAAGGGAGGUCAAGGGAGCCUAGAUUACGAACCAGAGCAGGAGCGCGACGCCGGUGCUCUGGAAAUGUGCUGCUUGGACUCGAGGCAUGACGAGUGCCUUCAGCUGGCGAGCUUCGAGGACUCUGAGAAGAGCCGAUGGGUUCGGAUGAAUUUCGACACGGGCUCCGCGAAGACGGCGUUCCCUCUCGAGAUGGAUGGCGGCGAGGCCAUGAAGACGGAGAGUGUCCUCAACUUCAGGACCGCCACCGGGGAGAUUAUCAACAGCACCGAGGGCUACAGCAUUCGCGGCAUCACGGAGCACCAGCAGCUGCUGAAGUUCAAGGGCGUAAAGGCGCCCGUCCACAAGGUGCUCCUCAGCGCGGGAGAUGUCACAGGAGCAGGGAACGAUGCAUUCCUCAUGGGCGACUUCGGUUACAUCAUCCAUGGGAACUCCCCGGUGCACGCAGAGCUGAGGGCCGCGUUCAGAGAGAUCGCGGCACGGCACAGUUAUGAAGGCAUCGUCACCAUGUACAAGGAAAGGAACGUGUACAACCUCUACGUGAACGUGAAUAAGGACGAGGAAGGCGGGCACGACCUGUGCCCCUACGACGAGGGCCAGCCGGGUGAUGAAGAGAUGCAGGCAGAGGAUGAAGCUGUGGAGCAGGAGGUGCCGAAGCAACCUCACCGAGUGAAAGCUCCAACGAGAGAGGAGGUAGAAGAUCACGAGUCCAGCGGCCACGCCGUGCACCGCACGUGGUGCCGGCACUGUGUCGCUGGAAAAGGCCAGCAGCACCCGCACCUGAAGCAGACAGAGGAGAGCUUGGAGGUGGAAGCAUGCUUCGACUACGGCUAUAUGGGCAGGCGUGCAGAGGAGUGCGCGCCGAUUAUCUGUGCGAGGGAGACGGGCCAAGGAAGCUACGCAGCCACGACGGUGCCCACGAAGGGAGCGGCACCGUACGCCAUCGCCUACAUGGUCGGCUGGUUGAAGGGCCUUGGCUACAAGAAGAUCAUAUUCAGAUCGGACAACGAGCACGCGCUGCUGAAGCUGCUGGACAAGGUGUCGGAGAAUCUCAUGGGCGUGGAGUGCGUGCCUCGCACAUCGCCUGAAGGGGACAGCCAGGCCAACGGGAGAGCAGAAGCAGCGGUCAGGGAGAUCAAGAACCAGUGCCGGGUGCUGAGGAGCGAGCUGCGCGAGAAGUAUGGGAAGCCUAUCCCAGAGAAGUGCUCGCUGUUCACGUGGCUGCCAAGGUUUGCGGCCAACUGCGUGAACCGCUACAGGCUCGGCAAAGAUGGCAGGAGCGCAGAGCAUAGGCGCUCCGGCAGGAGAUGGAAGCGCCCGGCGGUCAACUUCGGCGAGAAGGUGAUGCACCGCCCGGCAGGGGCGGUCAAGAGCCAAGCGAGCUUGGAGGACAGGAUGAAGAUGGGCAUCUACGUCGGGCAUAAUGAACGAUCUGGGGCCUCGAUGUUCAUCACGGAAGGUGAUCGAUACGACAUGGACUACCUGAUGAAGUGCAAGGGAUGUCCAUGGGCGCCUUCUGAGCGCGGCACCGCGGACAAGCCGAUGGUGGGCGCCGCGGAUGGGCCGGAGGUGAUUGAGAUGCCGCAGCCAGCGGCGACCGCGGCAGGAGGCGCAGCUGGAGAGGCGGCAAGGGCAUCCCAGCUUGGCAUGAGGAAGAAUUUCUACGUUAUGAGGGCCGAUAUCGAGAAGUACGGCACCACCGCGAGCUGCGCGGCGUGCAGGAAGAUGCUGGAGGGCCAGCAACCCACGACAGGGCACAACAAGGAGUGCCGCGACAACAUCCUGAAGAAGCUGAAGGAGGAGGGCUCUCAUGAAGCAAGUGUGAGAGUCAGCGCUCACGAGUCAAAGGUGGGCAGGCCGCAAGGUGAAGCGGUAGAGGACCUGAGGGCCAAGAGGUCGCGGGUCGAGCAGGAGGAGCGACCCGCGCAGGAGGUGGCAGGCGAGCCGCCUCAGGAGUCAAGAGAGACGGAGGCGAGCCGGGAGAUGCGGCUCGAGGUGACGGAGGACACGUUGACGAUGACGUGGAGCUGCCGGCAGGCCCUCAGCUGCGAGAAGAUCAAGAUGGUCCCAGCUGUCGCGAAGAGGCUCAAGGAAGCAAUGCGGCAUCACGAGCUGGAUGCCAGUGAGGAAGAGAUAGUGAGCAUGGCCAUCUGCCUAUGCUCGCUUGCGGCGGUGGACGUGGCCGAGAUCUAUACACCUCCGAGGUUUACCCCCAGUGCGGCCAGCUGCGGGAUGAGGCCAGGGUUCUGCAUCGACCUCACCACCGUCAAAGCCAAUGGGCAGCACUGGGACCUCGCCAAGGAGGAGGACCAGAAGGAGUUCGAGGAGCUUCAGGCGAAGGAAGAGCCGAAGCUUUUGAUCGGCUCGCCACCGUGCACGGAUUACUGCCCGUUGUUGAGGCUCAGUCAGAGCAAAGAGGAGGUUGACGAGAGAAGGCGUGUCGGUGGCGACAUGCACAUCAGGGUGUGCGCCGCCGGCUACAGGAGGCAACUGGAGGCCAACGCGUACUUCCUGCACGAGCAUCCGAAGCACGCGGCCUCGUGGAAGCUCAAGGAGAUGGAGGAGUUGGCGGCGGACCCGCGCGUCUUCAAGGUUCACGGGCCAAUGUGCAACUGGAACCUGCGCGCGGAGAACAAGCACGGCGAGACAGGGUACAUUCGCAAGGAGACGACCUGGCUGACGAACUCGGUGGAGCUUGCCAAGACGCUGCGAGGGGUAUGCGCGAACCACCGAGGAGGCCCGAUGCACCGGCACUUGCACUUGAUAGGAGGUGAGCGCGUGAAGGCGGCGGCCAGCUAUACACCGGAGCUGGUUCGGGGAGUGCUACGAGCGUUCCAGCGCCAGCUCACGCACGACAAUGACGAGUACGUCCAGCAUAGCUUCGACGCGGUGCCGGUGCCGGACAAGACGCUCUGGUGGGACGAGCCGGAGAGCUACGAGGAGGUCGAGAAGGCUUGGGACGACAUCAACCAGGAGGAGCUCGACGCGAAGGAGGUCAGGAAAGCCAGGCAGGAGGAGAUGCAGUGGGUGAAGGACAUGAAGGUGUUCAAGACUGUUCCCGAGGCAGAGUGUUAUGAGAAGCAAGGCAAGCCGCUGACGAUGAGAUGGACUGAUACCCGCAAGGUGACUGGAAAGUAUCGCUCGAGGCUGGUUUGCAGGGAGAUCAAGCGUGCCAAGAAGGUCGAGGAUAGGCUCGACCCGGCGGAGGUCUUCAGUGCCAUGCCCCCGAUUGAGAGCCUCAAGAUGCUGAUCAGUGAGUGGAUGACGUUGAACGACGGGCACGACAUCAAGGACUUCGCGAUGGCAACAUUCGACAUCUCUCGAGCGCACUUCUCGGCAGAGCAGAACAACAGGGAGGUGUACGCGACGCUGCCAGAAGGCUUCGAGAAGGAGGGGCACGUCGCGAAGAUGCUGAAGGCUAUGUACGGGACCGAGGAUGCGGCCCACCUGUGGGGCGAGACAUGGGCGGGCCAGCUGGAGAAGCACAAGGUUCGCGUUGGCACGGCCUCGAGAGCUCUAUUCGCAAACGAGAAGUACAAAGGAUUAUGCCACGGCGACGACUUCGUGGUGCUAUGCAAGAGGAACAACGUCGAGGAGUUCAAAGGGAUUCUGAGUGAGAAGUUCGACGUGAAGUGCGGCGCGAUCAUUGGCUUCGCGGAGAAGGACGACAAGAUCAUGGCCAUCCUCAACCGGGAGGUGAGGAUCAACGACGUCGAGCAGUGCUUGGAGCUCGAGGCGGACAAGAGGCACGUGGAGAAGUUGCUGAAGGAAUUGGGCCUGGAGAAAUGCAGUAUCGUGACCACGCCCAGGGUGAAGCUUACCCUGGAAGAGGUGCAGGCCCACGAGACCAGUCCUCUGCUCAGCCCAGCAGAGGCCACCAAGUACAGAUCGGCGACGAUGAGGUUAAAGUAUGUGGACCAGGACCGCAUAGACAUCACCGAGUCCGUCAAGUGCUUGGCGCAGCACAUGGCAGCACCGCGUGAGGGACAUCUUACCGAGUUGAAGAGGCUUGUGCGGUACCUCCGUGGUGCGCCCUACGAGAAGCUGAUUUACAAGGCCCAGGAGCACGGUGACAUUGAGUGCUAUGUCGACUCUGACUGGGCUGGGAGCCUCAAGGACCGGAGAAGCACUUCCGGCAUGCUACUGUUCAGGGGUUCCCACCUGCUGAGGAGCAGCAGUGCGCUGCAAUCGAUCACGGCACUAUCCAGCGCUGAGGCGGAAUACUAUGCGGCCACCAAGGGCGCCGCGUAUGCGCUGGGCACCCGGAGCUACUUCCGCGACCUCGGCCGCGAGCUUGGCGUCACGGUUCACACGGACUCGAGCUCGGGCCGCAGUUUCGCAUCGAGACGCGGGCUCGGGAAGAUGAGACAUAUAUGUACGAGGUAUCUAUGGUUGCAAGAGCAAAUCUCGGGGAAGACGCUCAAGCUCUUGAAGAUUGCUGGGACUGCGAACCCAGCGGACAUCAUGACAAAGCAGCUGCCCGUCAAAGAUAUGCACCGCUACAUGUACGAAGCGGGGCAACGGCGCAGUGAGCAG